AUGAACAGUGCCGCGAAGAGGAGAACGAUGAUUACUCCAUGGAUUUGAGCUUGCUUUACACCAUUUUUGGAACCUGGGGUGCGCCUACAGCAGGUGUAUCCAUAUCAGGAGCAAUUACGCUGUUUUUGGAGAAGGAUUUUGCAAGAAACGAAGGUCAAUGCUAUGCCCGAUACUGUUCACUCGCGGCUUUGCAUCUCUGAUUCACUUCAAUCCAGACCUUUUUGAUUGCUAAUUCUUGGAUAUUAUGAGCGUUGCCGGGAAGGAUUACCUGAUGUGUCCUGGGUUGAUACAUGGGACUGGAUGGCUUUUGGUCUGCUGUCCAUGUUCAUGGGUCGCCUACCCAUUUGAUUGCUGCUCUGGUUGUACUCCUUGCAUGGUUUGGGCUGUGCCUUUUUGUUGGAACAUCUACCCUGGUAUAAUGGUCUUCGUGAAAGUUCCACCUCUCCCUCAACCUCCUGAAGAAUCAACUUUGUCAUACCUUACCUCAUUUGCAUGAGGUAGGGAUUUGAACCCUUGACAUAAGUGGGUUGUGUGGUUUUGUUGGGGAGGGAGCUAGUAACCUUGUGCCUUGUUUGUGCCUUGGGUAUGACUGCGCCUACUGGAAGGACUGCCUGUUUCAACCUUGCUUUGGACACUGCUUCAUUUUUGUUGAUUUUGGGUGCCGGCUGGACAGUGGGCUUCCUGCUGCCAUUGGCCUGGGCAGUAUUGCAGUAAUGAAACUGCAUUACCAUGGAAUUUGGAUCUUUUUUGUGUAUGGGCUGUACAUGAUGGAGCUGCUCAAUUUGUUGUGAAAGACGGUUGUUCCUUAGUCAAUUGUUCUUGGAGCCUUGGGGUACCCCUUACUGUGGCUUUCCCUACUGCUUAGGGGAUUCUUAGGGCAACUUCCUGGUCCUUGCUUUGGAUCAUGCCUGUUCUUGAUGUCCACGGCUUUCGCUUGAGUGAUGCUGUUGAUGAUGGGGUAGUUUUGGUAUGCAUGAUGGAGGAUCUCGCCGGUUCUUGUUCUCUUUUUGUGGACAUCAUAGCGAUACUCUUACCCGGUCAGUUGGAGGAUGAUUACCAAUCAUUUUAUGCCGUCUUGAAUGCCCUCGUCGUCCCAGUUUCACUAGGACAACAGAUAGGGGAUGUUGCUCAUAGUGUGGAUACAAGGGAGCGUGCCCGGCCAUGGAGCUCUUUGGACUUGCUUUGGACUCGACUGUACAAUACUUGGGCAGCACGUUGUGGUUUCAAUUGGAUUGGGUGUAGAGCUUGUGUUGGACAGUCCCACUUCUGAUUGUGAUGAGGACUGUGAACAUGGAAGACUCAGAGUUCACCCAUGAACUCCAAUUGAUUUUAUAACUGGAGCUCAACUUCUGGAAAUACCUGCUCCCCCUUAAAAUGGUGUUCAAAACUGGUGUUUUGGACUUCAUGGGGUUGUAAGAAUACGCUGGAGUUGGAGCCAUAAACUGAAGGCUUUGGACCAUUGCCGUGGAAUCAAUGCUUGAAGGAAACUGCAGGAACCUAACUUGCUUGCAGGGGGCAGGUUCCCAGCUGUUUUCACGCAGGUUUUUGCUGAUGCUGCACAUGGACUAGGUGACGCUGCUGCUGCCCAGUCUUGCUGUUUUUGAU